GUGGUAAUGGAUUUACUCCACAGUUCCGGUGUGAGCAGUACAUACUACCUGCAGACCCAAUACAACCACAGCCAGAACUACUUCCUGUUGGUCUCCACAGCAACUGACCUACACAACACCUUCUUCCUGCUGUUCCCCAUAUGGUUCCAUGUACGGCAAGCCGAAGCAGUCAAACUGGUGUGGGUGGCAGUAGUGGGAGACUGGGUCAACCUGAUGCUGAAAUGGCUUUUUUUUGGAGAGCACCCCUAUUGGUGGAUUCAGGAGACAAGUUUCUAUGGCAACUCUUCCCAGCCAAUGAUAGAGCAGUUUCCCAUGACAUGUGAGACUGGGCCUGCAAGUCCAUCAGGUCACGCAAUGGGCGCCGCCGCUGUGUACUACACAAUGAUGUCAUCAUGCCUCACCACAGUGCUGAAGAAAGAUGGAAAUCAAAUCAAGAAAUGGUGUGUGUGUGUCUCACUGUGGACGCUGUUCUGGUGUGUACAGGUGUGUGUAUGCAUCUCUAGAGUCUUCAUCGCUGCUCACUUCCCACAUCAGGUCAUCAUGGGAGUUAUUAUAGGUAUCCUACUGGCAGAAUCCCUCAGCCGAACCAGGCAGAUCUAUGAGGCCCGUCUGUGUUCCUACCUCCUCACCUCCCUGCUCCUCCUUUCCCUGGCUCUCCUCCUCUACCUGUGCCUCCGGCUGAUAGGCGUCGACCUCCUCUGGAGCAUCGAGAAAGCACGGCUCUGGUGCCACCGAGCAGAGUGGGUCAGCGUGGACACCAAUCCUUUGGCCAGCUUGUUCAAAAAUACUGGGACUCUGCUGGGCCUGGGUCUAGGACUCCACUCUCCCUUGCAUGUGCACACCAGCAGAGUAGCGGUCAGCAGGAGGACUGAUAGCACCAUCUACAGGUUUAUCUGUUUAAGUGUGACGCUGCUGCUGCUGCAGUUAUUUGACUCAGUGUUUAGGCUGCCUGUACACAAUGGGGUUCUGUUCUAUCUGCUGUCAUUCUGUAAAAGUGCCACUGUGCCUCUGGCUACUGUGGCCAUUGUGCCCCACUGUGUGGCUGCAGCACUGGGCUACAAGGGGGAAAAGCUGGCGUGA